AUGGUCGUAUACAACCUGUACAUAUUCGAUCGACACUGUAACUGUGUCUUCUUCUCCACCUGGAAUCGCAAGCCCACAUCAAACACAGCAGCAUCAACAUCACGUACCAAUCUGCUCCAAACAACGCCUGAACCUGGUAUAUCCGAAGACUCAUCCGAUCACAGACCAAACAGUGCACUGGCGGGUGCUGUGGGAAUAGGAGGUGCUAGUGCUAGCGGAGGUGAUAUCUCGUUUGAGGAAGAAUCGAAAUUGGUGUAUGGUGUUAUAUUGUCGUUGAGGAAUAUGGUGUCAAAGCUUACUGGCAAGUCAUCGGAAGGAUUCAUAGCGUACAAGACAUCAGCAUAUAAACUACACUACUUUGAAACACCGACGGGACUAAAGUUUGUGAUGAAUACAGACUCCAAUAUGGAAUCAUGUCGAGAAGCAUUACGGCAAAUCUAUGCUCAAAUCUAUGUAGAGUAUGUAGCCAAGAACCCAUUGGUGAAAUUCGAUACGCCCAUCACGAAUGAAUUGUUUAGAAUCAGUUUGAACAAGUUUGUAAAGGGUAUGGCUGGAUUUGACUGA